AUGGCUGCCACCACGGCAGCGGGCCCACUGGUCCUGACGUCCCCUUCCUCCGCCGCGGCGUUGUCGGGACGGCCGAGCUCGGUGAUGGGCUUUGAGCCGCGUGUGGUGGAAUUUACGCUGCGCAAUGGACUCCACUUCAUCGUGCUGCCACGGCGCAACGCACCCGUGGUUGCCUGCCACACGUACGCCAACGUUGGCGCCUGGAAUGAGGAACCCGGCUUUACGGGGAUGGCACACCUGCUUGAGCACAUGGCUUUCAAGGGCACUCCCAGGGUUGGCUCGGUGGACUUCCGUCGGGAGGCUCCUCUGCUGGAUUUACUGGACGAAGCUUUCUAUGAGCUUCGGGAAGCCAAGGCCGCCGUCGCCUCCGGGGCCCCCGGCGGCGCCGGCCCCACACGCGUGUCCACCCUACGCGCCCGGCUCAGGUCCCUUCAGGAAGCCGCCGCAUCACUUGCGGUGCCCAACGCCUUCGGAGCUACGCUGCAACGGGCGGGCGGUGCAGGACUGAACGCCACCACCUCCCACGAUCAGACGCGCUACUUCGUCAGCCUGCCGUCCAACAAAUUGGAGCUGUGGAUGUCUCUAGAGGCAGAGAGGUUCAGGGCGCCCGUUUUCCGGGAGUUAUAUUCGGAGAAAUCGGUCAUCGAGGAGGAGCGAAGGCUGAGAGUGGACAACUCGCCCAUGGGCAGGUACCAGCAGGAGUUCGCACUGACUGCUUUGGCCAACAACUAUCGCCGUCCUGUCAUCGGGUUUGAGGAGGACUUCGAUGCCAUUGGUCGGCGGGAGGUGCAGGCGUUCUUUGACCGCUACUAUGGCCCUGCUAACCUGACCAUUGCCGUUGUGGGAGAUGCUGACCCGCGGGUCGUCAGGAGAAUGGCAGAGCGCUACUGGGGUGACUGGCAGGGGGCCCCGGGCUACCAGGUACUCCCGCGGGGGAGUCAGCAGGCGACGGCGGCGGGGGUGAUGGCGACGCCAGCGGGAACGAGGGCGCCCCUUGUGGGCCCCUGGGGGGCCCCUGGGGAGCAGGACCCGCGGCCGGAGUCCUUUCUGUCGGGCAGCCGUACUUCCCUUCGGGCCCCCGCCCGCUCGGGCCCUGCCGUGCUGCUGGGCUAUUACCGGCCUUCCCUGAACUGCCGGGAGGGUGUGGCAUUGGAGGUGCUGGCAGACGUUCUGUCAGGCGGUCGUACCUCCCGACUGGUGUCGCAGCUGGUGCUCAGCGGAAAGGCGCUCAGCGCAUCCGUGGUGUCAGCAUACCCGGGGGAGCUGCACGCAGGGCUCUCGCUUGUGUACGGCGUACCACGUGAAGGUGAGGGCCCCGAGGCGGUGGCGGAUCUGCUGCAGCAGCAGCUGGCGGGAUUGGUGGAGGACCGCGUGACGGAUUCGGAGCUGGCCCGGGUACAGCGGGCAGUGCGGGCCGGGCUGCUGGCUUCCGCGCAGAGCAACAGCGCCAUGGCUUCGGCGCUGGCGUCCUACCAUGUUUCCACAGGCAGCUGGCGAGGCCUAGUAGAGGAGCUGGACCAGGUUACACAGUUGAAGACAGAGGAGCUGCGGGACGUGGCGGAGAGGGGAAGCGAUGGUUACACAGAGCCGGCCACAAGGGCAAGGAAGGCCUCCGAGCUGUUCGAGGCUUUGCGUGCGGGGAAUCCCGACAUAGACGAAGAGGAGUUGCUGAAUGGGCCUGACUAUCAGGAGAGUCAGCGGAGGUACCUGCAAGAAAGGAAACAACAAUUGGUCGUGGAGCGGCUCGAGCGAAGGGCGGGUCUCCGCAGCAGCUACAGGGCGGACGCGGACGGAGCGGAAAACCGCACCUCCCGAAGCAGCUUUGAUCGCAAGUGCGAUGGCAGGGGCAUGGAGCUCAAAAGCCUUGACAAUUGUCGGCGCAGCCAUGAGCAGUCGCGAAGCAGCUACGAGCAGCGACGGGGCAGCCGCGAAACGCAGCGGAGCAGCUACGAACAACGACGGGACAGCCGCGAAACGCAGCGAAGCAGCUACGAGCAACGACGGGGCAGCCGCGAAACGCAGCGGAGCAGCUACGAGCAACGACGGGGCAGCCGCGAAACGCAGCGGAGCAGCUACGAGGGCAGCCGCGAAACGCAGCGAAGCAGCUACGAGCAACGACGGGGCAGCCGCGAAACGCAGCGGAGCAGCUACGAGCAACGACGGGACAGCCGUGAAACGCAGCGGAGCAGCUACGAACAACGACGAAGUCGAGAGCGCCAGUCUUUCAGCACCGACGGCCCUGCCGGCACCCAUAGGCUGCCGGCGGGUGCAGAACCCUCCGGCAGCUCCUGGACAGUCACCCACAAGCGCCGCGCGGCAGCUUUACCGGACGCUAUGCCUCAGCAACUGGCUGCUGGCACCGGAACAGGCGAGCCAGUGGUUGCUCCAGCCGGUGUUUGGGGGACCGGGGCCGGGGUCAGUAUGGAGGCCCCUUCGUCCCUUUGGACCGCAGCGGCGGUGGCGGCCGGCAGCCGCAGCAGCGCCGACGGCGCCGGCGGCCCUGUUCAGACUACCGGUAGGCCCUCCUCCUCCGAGGAUGUGGCCCCCAAGAGGGGCCCAGGACGCGCGGACCUCCACGCCGUGUCACACAGCAGCCACCGUCUGGCGCUGCUGUCCUCCAUCACAGAGGAUGAGCUCCUGGCGGCAACCAGCGCGCUGGCGGCUGUGGAAGUGGCGGGCGCGUCCCAGAGCGAGCCGCCUCCGUCGGAUGCCGCUCCAGCUGAUGCCGGUGCUCCAGAGCCCGAUCCGAAUCCUACAGGGGGAAACGGGGGUGGGUCAAAGGCCUCCUGGAAUAAAUGCGGCAGCGGCCGAACAGGAAGCGCCGUGGACGGUGCCUCAGCGGCCCCUCUCACCACAUGCUCAGCUACAGGACCCCGGCUACGGCCGGAGAACGACAGCAGCAUUAACGGCGCUUGCAGUACCCGGGCUAUAAGCCCCGUCAAUAACCGUCAGUGCGGCUAUAAUGGCGAUGCUGCUGGACCGGCAUCACCGCCGGCAGAAGUGACAGAGGGGCCCCAUCGCGUUGGGGUACCGCGGGGCCGCGGGCGCGAUCUGGGGAUGUUCGAAGCCGCCACUACGAAUAUGGCCGCCAGGAGGCCGUCGGAGGACGCGUCCCGCCAUGCAGGCGGUGGCAUCGGCGUGUCUUUAUCUUCACAGCUUGCAGCGUUAGGGUUAGUGGAGGUGCAGCCCUUGUCUGACCACUUUUUUCGCGAUGACGACCGGUCGGUGCGGCACACGGGAGCGGCGGUACCGAUGCCGGGUCCGGGGGAAGUCCUACGGCAGCUGGGCGGUGGUGCUCAGGACACCGGUGCUGCCCAGCGCGUCAACUCAGACCGCACCAUGACGAAUGAAACUCUGGCCACGUAUGAGGAAGUUGGUGACCUUUCGAAGUACAGCCUGUCACGUCAGUGGGCCAUUCGGUUGUGCUCCAAUCCGGAUUUUGAAAUGGUCAUCACGGCCAUCAUUUUUGCUAACUGCGUAACGCUGUGUCUGUUUGAUCCUCGCCGGCCGGAUGACAGGGGCCUCAAUCGGAAGCUCUUCUGGGCGGAGCUGGCCUUCAACAUCUGCUUCUCCGUGGAGAUGCUGCUGCGCAUGGUGUCCAUGGGCUCCCCCAUAGCUUACAUCCGCCGUUCAUGGAACCAAUUUGAUUGCGUGACGAGCAUUCGUGCACGUCUCAGUCAAUCAACGGCCUUUCUGACCGGGUGCGACGACCAACACAACGGCCGCGUCGCUUCCUCGCAGUUCAUGGUGGUGGCAGGCUACACGGUGUUUGUGCCGGGGAACUCUUCCGCAGUGAAUGCUAUCCGCGCGCUGCGGGCGUUGCGGCCGCUGCGAACCAUCACGCGGUUCGAGUCGCUGCGGGGCGUCAUCGUGUGCUUCUUAGAGGCCAUCCCGCUGCUGACCUCCGUAGGCGGCUUGUUGCUCUUCUUUAUCUUCAUUUACGCCGUUGCAGCAGUGCAGCUCUUUCCGAAAACAUAUCACUGGACGUGCCUCGAUGCCGAGGGCCAUCCGCUGAGCACCGGAGACGACCCGGACAUGUUUGGCUGUGGUGGCAGUGGCAGGUGUCCCACCAACUACACCUGCACGUUGCUCGACAAGCACCUGGCGGUGAAUGCCGCUGGUUUCGACAACACCGGUCUGGCCAUGCUGAGCGUGUGGCAGGCCCUGACGUUGACGGGCUGGGUGUUCAUGAUGUACCGCACUGUGGACUCGUACUCGCUCGUAGCAGUCAUAUACUACGUCACGCUCGUGUUCAUCGGCGCUUACUUUGUGCUGAAUUUAUUCCUGGCUGUGCUCAAAAUCAAGUUUGCCAAGGCGCAGACGCUGUUUCACAACCAGCUGGCUCUGCAGCGCAGCAAGGCGCGUCGCAACUCCAUCAUGACGCUCAUGAGCAAGGUGCAGUCUAAGUGGACUGAGUACAGCUUCAAGCGCAGCCAAGCCUCCUUGCUCAACAGCAAGCUGAGCUCCGCCAUCAGCUCAAAGAUGAGCUCGGUGGGCUCAGGGCCACCGUCGCCGCGUCUGUCGGGGUGGCAACUGGGCUCUGACGACGAGCGUGCCGGCGGCGGCAGCGGCUCGCUGGCGUCGCCAACGCUGGCGUCAAAACCGCCUGCCCGGCCUGCCUUGGUGAACACCAAGCAAUCUCUUUCCAAGGGCGCGCGCCCGAUCCGGGCCGUGUCUUUCCGGCAUCGCGAGCCGGAACUCGUGCUGCCCGUGAGGAGCCCUGCAGCCGAUGCGGCGGCCUUGAAUACGCAUAACGGUCUGCUCAAGGGCUACGGGACCGCAGCUGUCGCCGGCUGCGGUGGCGACGGCAGGAGAGACCAUGGCGCACUGAUGGCAAAGACAAUCGAGGCGGCGCUGCCGUCCCGUUUACCGUACAGCGCCCGGGCAUCGUCACCGGCGGACGCAUUGCCAGUUCGGGCGCUGUGGAGGUGGUGCUUGCGCAGCGUACGGCGUGUUUCGCCCGUGGGCGACUCUCACCCUCCGAAUCGGAGAAGUGGCGACGGCGACUGGGCUGUCUUAAGAGGUGCGGCAGCGGCGGGCGGCGGCUCCGACCGCAGCUGUACGGUGUCAUGGUGCCAGGCCGCGGCGGCCACGGCCGUCGUCGGUGCCGAUUGCAGCCAGCGGUUGUGGGUCUCGGAGGGGGCGGAUGAGGAGGAGAAGGACGGGCAGCUGCGGCCGCCCCGACCGCCACCUCGAACGGGCCCUCCGCAGGGGUUGUGUGUCAACGGGGAGCUCUGCAGCCCACAGCUGCUACUGCUUGAGGAGACAGCAGCCACGGGUGCGGCCACGACAACCAGACCCACGACCACGGCUCGCUCUGGAACGGUGGCAACGGGGACACCAACAGCAGGCAGCAACACAACGACGACGAGGAGGACGACGACGAUGAACAGAGUAGCAGCUCCUGACCCGGCCCCUUUUCGCUGUGCGAGCGCUGGGCCCCCUUCGGCUCCCUGUACUGCGGUCGCGCCUGACGGAGCGCCGGGGCCCGUGGCGGAGGCGGUUCGCUUCGCUGGCGGAGAUGAAGAACCGGAGGACGCUGCCGGCGAUGCCGCCCUUGCCCCGAACCCUGGUGACCCUGGUGCAGCGACUCCAACCCAUGCUGAAAUCACAACUCCAGCUGCCGCUGCAGCACCCACUUCUACCGGGUCGCUUGCAGUGUCGCCCGUGCGGAGGACUUCCUUUGCCCAUACGCCGAGUCUCCGCCGCCUUCUCUCCCGCAAUGCGGAGAUUUCCAGCCCCAUGGUUGUAGCCGCCCCGGCCGCCGGCGGUGACGGCGGGGAGGCAGCCGAAGCAGCGGGUGCGGGGCCGAGGUCGCAGACACGGGACGGGAAGUCGACGAGUGACGGUGACGGAGGGAGGCUGGAAAGCGGGAAAAGCAGCGGCCGGGGCCUGAGUCAGGGUUACAGCCCGGCUUAUGGCCAAGGGAAUGAGGGUGCAGGCGAGCGCACGUACAGCGCGGCACCCUCCAGCAUGGGUGGCACUAACGUGGCAAUGAUGAUGCUGGGUGGCGGUCAGAUGCUGGGUGGCGGUCAGAUGCUGGGUGGCGGUCAGAUGCUGGGUGGCGGUCAGAUGCUGGGUGGCGGUCAGAUGCUGGGUGGCGGUCAGAUGCUGGGUGGCGGUCAGUUGCUGCCGAUCGAUCCAGACAUGAUCGUGGACACAGACAGAUGUGUAUUCAUGUUAUUGAUUUUCAUCAACACGGUGCUCCUGGCUAUGGAAUACGACAACCAGCCGCACUCGAUGACUCGCUUCCUAACAGUUUCCAACUGGGCCCUCACGGGUCUGUUCACCACAGAGAUGAUUGUCAAGCUGUUUGGGCUCGGAUUCUGGGACUACAUACGGGACAGCUUUAAUAUCUUUGACGCCUUGGUGGUGGCCGUCAGUCUCGUGGAGAUUGUGUUAUCCACAGUGGCUGGACUCAAUGCGGCUCGCGCGCUGCGGGUGCUCAAGGCGCUUCGCGUGCUCCGUCUCUUCAAGCUGUUCCGCUAUAUGCAGUCGCUGCGGCGCAUCGGCGAAAUCCUGCUGUCAGCCUUUACCUCCUUCGCCGCCAUCGCGACGUUGCUGAUGCUCUUUUGGCUGGUCUUUUCCAUUAUUGGCAUGCACGUGUUUGGGACCAAGGACCUCGACGGCUACAACUGGCCCAAUUUUUCCACCUUUCUGUACAGUCUGAUUGCCACCUGGAAUGUGCUCAAUCUGGAGAACUGGACCAACACCAUGUACGCCACUAUCCGGGUCACGGACUGGGGCUCCAGCAUGUUCUUCGUGCUGUGGAUUAUCAUAGGCCGCUACAUAUUCCUGACGCUUUUCCUGGCCGUGACGCUUGAGGCGUUCGAGGCCAAGUACGACGCCAACGCGGUUCGUAUGGGGGCCCGCGGCGGCGGCUUCACUUCCCUGCUGGGCUCGCUUUGGAGCGGCGCGUCCAGCCUGAGGUCGGGGAUCAGCAGCCGGGCCAGCAGCGUGACCAGCUCUGUUCGCAGCAGUCGCAGCAGCCACAGCGGUCGUAACUCGGAUGGCGAGCAGGGCAGGGAGCGGGGUGGCCACCCCGGCAAGGCCGGUGACGGCAGCCCGGGAGUUGCGGAUAGAGUCGGGUCAGUCCGGGCUGGCGUCCAGGGCCUUGAGUCCUCUGCCCCUAGCUCGCAGCUCCCACCUGGCAUUGGUUAUUUGGAGGACGCCCAGGCCGCGGCGGCGGCACAGUAUGGCGAGAGCAACGAGCGGCGUGUCAAUAUGCAGAAGAUGUUUACCAUCAAACAGUGGAUCGACACGGGCAACAUGGAUGUGCUUGAGGCGCCGGGGGCGGGGCCCGAGCCGUCCGUUCGCCGUGCAGGCGAUCUGUCGCACGGCCGGGGCCAAACUCCGAAUGGGGCUGUCAGUGCGGAGGCAGAUACGGCGCUUAGCGGCGGCGGCGGCAACUGGGCGUCGCCGACGCAACAGCGAAGCUUGCAGGCCGCUGGCAGCGGCAGUGACCUUCCGUGCAUGACGCCCGGCGGCGGCGGACGUGCCGGACGCGGCAUGCCGUACAUCAAUGACUCUGCUGCGCAGAGCCUUGCAUCGUCGGAGGAGAUGCCUACGGCGGCACGUGCUGCCAGCGGCGAAGUCGGAAGCCGGGGUGUCGGGGAGGGCUUGGUCCUGGAACCCACCGUCGGCAGGGCGGAUUCAACGUUACUCCAACUCCAGUUGGAACAGCAGCCGCUCGAGCAACCUCAGCAACCUCAGCAGCAGCAGUACAGAACUCACCGCAGGGCCAGCCGCACCAGCAACGCCGCAUCAGACACAGCAAGGCCUUAUACUGCUGGACCUACCACCGGGCCAAACUUCGGACCCAUCUCCGGGCCCGAGGGGCGGCGCGCUAGCUUAGGGCCCUACCUACAGAGCCUGACCCUAGCUGUACGGCGGGAUCUGGAAGGCGCUGUGAAUGGGGGAGACGGCGGCGGCCCGGUGGUGGACGACGUUGUCGCCGGCGGCGGCAACACCUCCGUCAGCGGAAGCGAUGGCAACUGGGCGCGGCCGCCGCCGCCGUUGCUCCGGUUACCGUGCGCAGGCGGUGCGGUUGACGGCAGCGAGCUAAUCCUGUCGUGCUCCCACGGCCGUUCGCGUCUGAUGCGUUCCACCACGUCGAUAGACGCAGCGGCGGCGGCCAUGCGGGUGGCUCUUUCCUCUAACUACAGCUUCCAACGGGAGUCCAGUGGCGACGGGUACGGACACCUGCUCAACGCGGCGGAGCUUUCGGGGGCAACCUCGGCGCCGGAGCCAGGUUCCACAGCUACAGCAGCAGUAGCAGCAGCUGCUGUGGACACAGCAGUAGCAGCUUCAGCGGGGGCCAGAGUACUGAGCAGUAACCGAGAGUCCUCGGCGCCGCCGCCGCCGCCGGCGCGGGCCCCGCAGCCGCCGUCACCGUCGCCGUCGCCACCGUUGGAUAAGCCAGCUCCGGUCACAGCGGACGCAGCCGCGGCCAGCGUAGCGGUGGCGGCGAAGCCGGUUUCGGAGCUGGCUGGGCCUCAUCCGCAGCCGCAGACGUCUCUGGAAUCGGGCGCGGGUUCAGACACACAAGCUCCGGCGGAGGCGCCGGCAGAGGCUGUCGCUCGCAGCGCCAUCGGCUGUCUGGGAGACGGUUACGGCUAUCAAGAACUGUUGGACAGCUUCAUGGACCCGUGCCGGCGUGACGGCGGCCUCGGCUCGGCCGCCGCCAGCUCGACGGGCAGGUGGUCGUGUGAGGUUCCGUCGCGACUGUCGGCAGGUCAGGAUGUGAUUAUGGCAACCUUCCAGGAUAUGUUGAGACCAGCUCGCGACUCGCGAGCCGGCCUUGUAGUCGUGGCGGCGGAGGCGGCGGCUUCCGGCCCGAAUUCGCAGGGACCGAGCCAGCUGGACGGGCCCCGCUCGUGCGGCCCCGUCGGCAGUACGGUCCGGCAGCCGCGGCGGCAGGGUGUGUGGGAUGGAGACGGGGUCACGAAGUUGGAGGCAGCUGCCGUGGCGGGCGUGCCGUGCCCUGCAGAGCCGGUCAGCAACCGACCCGUGGGUCAAGGCCAGCUGGGAGAUGUGCCAUCGCCUCCGCAGCAGCCGCAGCAGGAACAAGAGGUACAGCAGCACCAGCAGCAGCGGGAGCGGCUUUUCGCGGCCGACAGUGGCACUCUGCUGGCACUGGCCGACGAGUUGGAGAACGCGCUUACUGAAGGGGAGCGCCGGGCCGCCAGCAGCAACGGCGCCGCAGCUGCUACCGGCGCAGCAGGGGCCCCAGUGCAAUCCUCUGGCCCUAGUGAGACCGACACCAGCACCAGGGAACCGGCGCCAUCAUCCCAGCAGCGCCCGGCGUCCUCCAUGUCGGCGGCCUCAGGUUCCCCCGACUCCAGUGGUGCCGAUCUCUCCUCUGAUGGGGACAGGCCGCAGGAUGCCCUGCGCGCGCUAAUACCGCCGCUCAGUCGUCUGGUGCUUCAGGACGCUGCAGGCCAGGGGGUUGCCACAGCAGCCACCACGGCUGUUCAUGGGGAAGGUGAAGGCAGGAGUACCAGCGACGGCAGGGGGGCGGGGUCAAGUCCGAGCUCGGGUUCGGGUAGCAUGCCGGGUGGUGCUGGGGACGGCACAUGCCAGAGCUUGCAAGACAGCGCGCACAGCUUGAAUGAAGUUGGAAUCGCCGUUGCACGCCAGCGUGGCGGUGCUUCGGUGGCGGUGACGACGCCCGCGGCGGCGGGGGCCCGGCGGUCUGAGUUUGCCGACCACGGUGGCGGUGGUGGUGCGGCAGCGGCUGCGGGACCCGAGCUGCCGCCGCUGUGGCGGGGCGCGCCGGAGUUCCCGCGGGACUUAGCCUGGCAGCCGAAUGACCGCCAGCAGGUGUUGCAACAACAGCAGCGGCGGCGCAGCGGCGGCGGCGGCGGCGGCGACGCGACAUCAGUGCCUGCAACGUUGUCGCCGCUCCGCGGCGAUAGCGCCGAAAUGUGCGAACCUGACCACCGAAUGCAAGCCCGCGGCAGUCUACACGGCAAGAAGGACGGCGCUGCCAAUAACGCCGCCACCGGCAACAACGAGCUUCUCGCUGACCUGGCAGAUGCGGACUGCCGACGCAGCAGCUGCGGCAAGCCGCAUGGAGCAGAACUUGGGGAUGGGAACGAGCCGUUUGGUCGGAAGGGUCGUGACCAGUGGCCUUUGGUGGCGGAGUCUGCGACUACGGCGCCGGCGAAGUUCGGCGACAAGGACGCAGGCCACCGGAGCGACAAGCGCCCAGCGAUGCGGCAGUACAUGAUUUCACGCUGCGACUCGUUCGACAGCCGGGCAUCCGGGUUGAGCCACGGGAGUGGGGGCAGUGGCGGCGACGAGGACGACCCCCAGGCGCGCCGCAAGCAGCGCUUCCGCAGACGCCGGCGGGCUAGCAUCCUAAUUGAGGGAACAGGCAAGGCGUUCUGGAUUUGGGAUGAGGACCAUCCGGCGCGCGAGCGGAUGUACUGGUUGGUGACGCACAAGCGCUUCGAGUACACGAUGUUUGCGCUGAUCCUGCUCAACUGCGUUAGCAUGGCGCUGGAGAAUCCCUUCAUCCGGUCUGGCUCCGUCGUGGACAAGGCGCUGUUCUGGGCCAACGUGGGGUUCACCAUCCUGUUCACCAUAGAGGCCGCCGUCAAGAUGUUCGCGUACACCUUCACGGCGUACAUCAAGCGCAUCACGAACCAGGUGGACUUUGUGAUUGUGGUAACCUCGUUACUGGAGAUUGUUUUGGCGGCUGUGACCGAUUCCGUGGAUGCCGUGUCAGCACUGCGGGCCCUGCGGGCUCUGAAGCCGCUGCGUCUGCUAACUCGCUCUGCGGGCAUGCGGCUGGUGUUUAAAAGCGUCACCAUGAGCCUCAUGUCGAUGGCCAACGUGAGCAUCGUGUGCAUCCUUUUCUUCCUCAUCUUUGCCAUCCUGGGCGUGCAGCUAUUUUCGGGCAGGUUUUACAGGUGCAAUGAUGACAGCGUAUCUGGCAAGAGCGAGUGCGUGGGCAACUUUACGGACCCCUUCACCAACACUACCAUGCAACGGACCUGGGAGAACGACUUCCCCAACUUUGACAAUACGGGUAACGCGCUGCUGUGUUGCUUCAUCACUGCCACCCUGAACGGCUACACGGAGAUCAUGAUCAACGCCAUGGCCGCACCUAACGAGCCUGGGGAUCAGCCGCGGCGGUUUCAGAACCCAGGAGCGUUCUUCUGGUUCUUCGGCUUCAUCGUGGUGUGCGCCUUCACGUUGCUCAACCUGUACGUGGGCGUCAUCUUUUCGCAGUUUUCCAAGAUCCGAAUGCUGAGUGAGACCGGCAGCGCCUUCCUCACUUCGGAUCAGAAUGAGUGGGCGGAGCUGACCAAGAUGGUGUUCAGGCUCAAGCCGCCUGACAAGGCCCAGCUGCCCACUGGCCGUGUGCGCCGCUUCGUGCACAUGAUGGUGCACACCAAGUCAUUCGACAUCUUCGUCUUAGUCAUCAUCCUCAUCAACGUGGGCUUCUUGGCAGCCACCUGGUAUAACGAGUCCGCAUCGUACACGCACCAGAAGAACCUGGCUAACAUCAUAUUCAUGGCCUUCUUCGCGGCGGAAGCGGCUGCCAAGAUAUUCGCGGUGGGAUGGGUGGCCUACUUCAAGGUUGCCUGGAACAAGCUGGACUUUGUGCUGCUGAUACUGGGCCUGCUGGAUAUCAUCAUAACCAUGCUUCACAGCAAUUUCCUGCGCAUAUUGAGGAUCUUCAGGGUGCUGCGGCUGAUUGCACUGGUGCGCAUUGCCCACGUGGCCCAGUUGGUGAAGUCCGUGAAAGGCAUCCAGUCGCUGUUCUCCACGCUGGUCUACUCGCUGCCCGCAUUCGGCAACGUGGGCGCGCUCAUCGGGCUGUUCUUCUUCAUGUACGCCUACGUGGGCAUGUACAUGUUUGGCAAGGUCCAAGACGGCGAGUCACUCAGCCGACAUGUCAACUUCCACAACUUUUGGCAGGCGCUGCUGGUUCUCAUGCGCGUUGCGACGGGCGACAACUGGACUGGCAUCAUGUUUGACUGCAUGGUCCAGCCACCCUACUGCGACCGCUCCUCUGGCGGCUGCGGCACCUACCUGGCCAUACCUUACUUCCUCACCUUUGUGCUGCUCAUCUACGUCAUUUUACUCAACCUCUUCACCGCCGUCAUCAUCGAGACGUUUGAAAAGACGCACGAGCAGGAGGAGUGGAAGCUGAGCCCACAUGUGCGAGGGCUGGGGUCGGGGGGGACCGGCGAGGGAGGGGUCAUUGACGACGAGGGCAUAGCGGGGGAGCUGGCUCUGGAGGAGUUUGUAACGUUGUGGAGCGAGUACGACGAUGGAUCCGGAACCAUUCUGCCACGUCAUUUAGAGGAGCUGUUGCUGAGGCUGGAUCCGCCUCUUGGUCUGGGCCCUUAUGCGGAUAACAAGGACGUGCUCAGGUUCGUGUACGACCUGGACAUACCGCUGGUGAACGCCCGUGUGCCCUUCCACAAGACCGCUUUCGAGCUUGUCAAGAGGUGCAGCCAGGCGACCAUGCCGGAGGGCGCUAUCAAGGAGCAAAUCAACCGGUUGGUGGAUAAGUUCUUCAGGGAGUUGCCCACGCAGGAUGAGAUGCUCAACUUCUCCGUGGCCAUCACUGUCAUGAAGGUCCAACGCAAGUGGCGCACCCGGAUGCGGGCCUCGAAGCUGCUUCGCAAGAAGCGGUGGCGGCUGGGCCGCAAAGACGCGCCCACCUACCCCGAGAUAUGCGGUAGCAAGGCGCUCGUGGCGGAAAAGUUCGAGGCUCACCGGGAGGCCCUCCGGGAGGGCGCAAAGGCGUGGGAGGUGGCCCAGCAGGCCUACAACCGCAAGCCGGAGAAGGCCGAGGUGGCGCGGCGCAUGGAGCCCCGGUGGCGCUUCAGCACCAAGUACGCGCCGCCCGCCCUGGUGACUGCGACCAGCGAGAAGACCGGUCUGCUGGGGCUCGGCAAGCGGGUGGUCAAUGUCAACAAGAUCAUGGGUGGAUUGCUGCGCGCUACCUUGAGCGGGGAGCAGUCCGGGAUCAUGUGGGCCUCGCCGGUCGGGCUACAGCACGGCGGCGGCGGCGGCGGCACCGGCGGCGGCGAUUUGAGUGUGACGAGUCCGCUGCCGCGGCUGCUGCGCGCCAUCGCACAGGGGGGGGGCAACCGUAUGUCGUACAACGGCGGUGGCGGUGGCAUGUUGAGCUUCUCGGCGGUGCCACCACCUGAGUUUGGAUCGAUCGGCGGCUCCCGCCGGCGGCUGGUGGGGGCUGGCGGCGGCCUGGGUAUGGACGCAUCCGUCUCAGAGGGGGCUGGUUCUCGGACGUUGCAGCCGUCCCUGAGCUCGUCACAAAUGAUGCCUUCUCGUCGGCUCCCUCGGGUGCCAUCCAACGAUGGCGGUAGCGGCGGCGAUGGGGGAACACUCCCCGGCGGCGCCUCCCGAGGCAACUGGUGA